CUGUACGUAGCAGCAGAGAAGGGAGCGAGUAUUCUAACUCGAAUGCUUCUAGAAGGGGGGGCCAACGUUGACGCGCAGGGUGGAUACUACGGCAAUGCACUCAUUGCGGCUUCAGCUGGAGGCUACAAAGAGAUAGUAAUGCUGCUGGUCCAGAGGGGCGCUGAUGUCAACGCGCAGGGCGGAUACCACGGCAAUGCACUCUUUUCGGCUGCU